AUGCCGAAGGUGGUUUCCCGGUCGGUGGUGUGCUCGGACACCCGGGACAGGGAGGAGUACGAUGAUGGGGAGAAACCCCUCCAUGUCUACUACUGUCUGUGCGGGCAGAUGGUGCUGGUCCUGGAUUGCCAGCUGGAGAAACUUCCCAUGAGGCCUCGGGACCGAGCCAGAGUCAUCGAUGCAGCAAAACACGCUCACAAGUUCUGCAACACGGAAGAGGAGGAGGCGGUGUAUCUGCGCAGGCCGGAUGGGAUAGAACGACAAUAUAGGAAAAAAAUGCAGCAAGUGCAGCCUCCCCCUCUUCUACCAGCACUCUCAGAAGAAUAUUCCGGCGACGUUCAUCUUCAGUGGAGCCUUGGUGAAGUUCGGACAAGGAUUUGGGAAAACAAAUAUAUUUACUCAGAAGCCCGACCCCCCCUAAAAAGGUGA